AAAAAUGUCGUCGGGUUCCAAUCAGCAUCGAGCGUCGAGCUGGGCCCUUGCACACUCCGAGCUCGUGCUCAUCCCAGGCUACCCGUCGCGGCGCAUCAUUGUCUCCCACCCUGCUCAGACUCACCCUGCAUCUUCAUCAGUCGCUUCUUCACUUCUUGCAUCAACCCCCAUCCCAAACCACAACCGCCACCAUGAAGUUCAUUCUCCUCUCCAUCGCCGCGCUCUGCGCGCCCGCUGUCAUGGGCAUGGCCCUCCCGUCCUUUAAUAAUGAAGACAUGGAGUCCGACCACCACCCCUCGGUGCUAUCCAAGAACGCCAAGAAUCACUGCUACCUCACGCCCGAGUGCAAGAGGGUCUUCGACAGCCGCACCGGGUACAGGUCCAACGCCGACGCCGACGCCGCCCAGGCUGGGCACGCCAAGGGCUCACACUCCUCGCAGAGCGAGGCCGCCAACAGCCUUACCGAGGAGCACUCAAAGUGCGUUCAAGAAUUCGGGAGAUGCGGAUACAACCUGAAGAAACUCGGCUUGAACUAAGCGAUGCCAUGAUCUGUUCCUUGUGGCGACGGAGGUGGCAAUGAUCGUUGGGCGUUUCGGGAUACACGUUCUGUUUUCCGCCGAGGAGGCGGUUCAUUCGAGGAGAGGAUGCUGUUUGGUGGUAUAAAUAACAACUCGAUCAAUAUAUCCUCCAUGAAAUAUCGUAA